UUAUUCUUAAUACAGUUUGUAGUAAGUAUUAAAAUCUCUACUACUAUGAAUAUGUGUGUAUUUGGAAUACAUUUUACCAUCCUAUUAUACUUGCAGUGAAUACUAUUAGUAAUAUUAUUGAUGUUUUAUUGUCUUUUUAGAAACAACAAUGGAUUACAAUCUCGACUCUCAGGCAGAUAUGGGUUUCAAAACGAGUGUCGCAAAGUAAAACAUUUACAUAUUAACGAACUAAAUUACAAUUAAUAUGUUAGGUCAUCUAGUUAUGGACUAAAAUAUUAUUUAUUUGCAGAGGCUUUGAAUUGAUAGUGCAUAGAGCAACUAAAAUUUGUUUGUAUCCUGAAAUUAUAUAUAAUCUUUAUAUCAAAUUGUUUGACUAUGAAAAAUAUUAUACAAAUGUACAAAACUUACCAAAGCAUGUAUGUGUAUGUGAGAUAUAAAAAUAGAUAAAAUGCUUUUUAAUUUUAAUUUUAAAUUUUCAGAUAAUCGAGAAAAAGAAAAACGAAUUAAUACAAAAAUUUAAAAAUAAAAUCAAGACGGACACAGAUGUAUACGAUGGCGAAAGUAUGUUUUUGUUUUAAUAAAAUACUACGGGUUAGUUAUUUAUUAACCAAACUGUAGGUGGUUAUCGUGUUAAUUGUGUUAAGUCAAAAACAUUGAUAAAUUUAAAUUCUGUAAUUGUACAAGUUAUUAUAACUAAAAGUGGUUUUUUUUUUUUAAUUAUUUAGAGAAAUGUUUUCAAGGAUUAGUAGAAACUUUAAUGGACUCAAACGAAGCCGGAUUGGGCUUGAGCGAUGAGGAUAUUAAGAGUCAUGUGAUAACUAUAGUAGCGGGUGUAAGAUCAAAAUACUCCAAAUACUUUGAUACCACAAGCAAUGAAUAAUUAUUAUAUUUAUAGGGUUUCGAAACUACUUCAUUGACUGUUAGUUAUUGUCUUUUGUUAUUAGCUAUCUAUCCGGAUAUUCAAGUAAGUCAUUACGUAGUGUUUGUUUUUUAAAAGUUUGAUAUAAAAAUACGUUUCAAAAAUAUUAUUUAAGGACAGAGUUUACGACGAAAUUUAUACCAUAUUAGGUGACAGUGAUGAACCAAUUACUAUCGAACAAACGACUAGUCUAGUUUAUUUGAAACAAGUAAUACACGAAACUCUCCGUUUAUUUCCGAUUGCACCAGUUAUGUUGAGGCAACUGCAAGAUGAUGUCACAAUUAGUAAGAAUAAAAUGUAUAUUAAAAAGUAUAAAACAAAAUAAAAUAACAAUUGCUUUUAGUUACAGGUAAUCACACGUUGCCAAAAGGAACAAUAUGCUGUAUAACUCCUUUGAUUACACAUCGGAAUCCUGAGCUGUAUCCGAAUCCUAAAUCAUUUAAUCCGGAUAACUUCAAUGCCGACAAUGUCGCUAGUCGUCAUAAAUAUAGUUUCAUUGCUUUUAGUGGUGGUCCAAGAAGCUGUAUAGGUAUGACAAAAUAUUGGACUUAUAAUUUUUAAAUUUAUUAAACGUUUGUUUUCAAUUUCAGGAAUGAAAUACAGUUUGGUUUUAAUGACACUUUUAAUUAGUUACGUUUUACGGAACUUCAGUGUGCACACGGAUAUGAAACUCAGUGACAUUAAGUUAAAAUUAGGUAUGUCAUUACACAAUACCGUGGGUUUUCCAAUAACCAUUCAAUCAAGAAAACAAUAGUAAUUUUGUACUUUAAUGAUGCCGAAAUGCUUUCCCGUUAAAUCAAUUUAAUAUUUA